AUGUUUAGGAGGAUACCACACCUUAAACAAAGGAUAGGUCCCAAUGUCGUCCGUCUCAUCCCCAGAAGAUGCAUGUCCCUUCAAGUGGUUCAGCAAACCUUGGAGUUUACUACAACAAAUCUUCAACUAAUUCACCAGUAUUCUGGACUUCCAUGGUGGGCUCUGAUCCCCAUCACCACGUUCACUUUGAGAUCACUGUUCACCCUUCCAAUAGCCGUCUUGCAACGAAAAAGAUUACAAAAACAAAGCGUCUUACGACCGCUGGUCACUGCCAUGGGACCUCUAUUACGACUCAAGCUGGCCCAACAGGCAUCCAUCUCACAGAAACUGCAAAGAGAAUCCAUAGAUUUCUUUCCUACUGAAGCCACCAAGUUAAACUAUGAAAAAAUUAUGAUUCUGGCAGCGAAGGAGUCAAGGAAGAGACAAAAGAAGUUGUUCCGUGACCAUGGUGUACAAAUAUGGAAGAAUGCUAUUUUGCCUGUCUUUCAAGUGCCCCUUUGGGUGACAUUGAGUUGGACUUUUAGAAACCUAACAGGUUGGCAUAGUUUUGAGCAAGGUAAUAAGCCCCUAGAUAGCUCUUUGAUUCAUGAAGGGUUUUUCUGGCUACAUGAUUUGACGGUGCCCGAUCCGUAUAUGAUCCUUCCCGUAGUUUUGGGAUCGGUCGCUCUAAUCAACUUGGAAUGGAACAACAAGACACUGCAGAUGAGGAGUAGCUCAGCUCAAGGAAAGAAAGUAUCAUUGAGGCCAACAAUGAUGGAUGCGAUAAUGAACUUGUCCAGGUUUAGUAUUGCCUUUCUCAUGGUAAUCUCCACACAAGCACCCGUUGGAUUGUCGUUGUACUGGAUCAGCUCCAAUUUGUACUCAUUGAGCCAAAACAUGAUAUUGGAUAAAUAUCUGCCUAUCAGCUAUACUCCAAACGAACGACAUACUCAGGGAAUCUCGUAUAAUAAACACAACUUGAUCAGUGAUAAUUGA